AUGAGAUGUCCCAAGAUCCAUGCCACUUAUCACACCCUUCGUGACACCAGGGGUCUACCAUGGCCUAAGGACCAUGGAAAGAAAGAAGAUGCAGAUCUUCUUGAUUGGCCUCAUGCAAUGUUUGGGUUUCAGAAAAAUAAUGUGUCCAAUCAAAGAGAACAUCUCAUACUCUUGAUUGGCAGCAUACAUAUAAGGCAGAUCUCCAAACAUGAACAACACCCAAAGUUAGAUGACCAUGUGUUGGAUACAACAAUGAACAAGCUAUUCAAGAACUACAAGAGAUGGUGCAAGCACCUUGGCCGCAAAACUAGCUUAUGGUUGCCGGCAAUUCAACAAGAAGUACAACAGCGGAAGCUUCUCUAUAUGGGCCUUUAUCUGCUCAUAUGGGGCGAGGCGGCUAACUUGUGGUUUAUGCCGGAGUGUCUUUGCUACCUCUAUCAUCAUAUGGCUUUUGAAUUGUACGGUGUGUUGGCUGGAAAUGUGAGACCAUCAACUGGUGAAAAUGUUAGACCCUCCUAUGGUGGCGAAGAAGAAGCCUUCCUGAAGAAAGUUGUGACUCCAAUUUCCAAAAUCGGACAGAUGGAUGAAGCUGAAAGGAAUGGGGAAACAAAAUCAAAACACAUGCGUAGGAGAAACUAUGAUGAUCUCAAUGCGUACUUUUGGUCAAGAGGUUGUUUUCGAUUAGGAUGGCCAAUGAGAGUUGAUGCUGAUUUUUUCAAGAAGAGGAGCAAUAUGUGUGAGUUGUGCUCUUCUUCCACACCACAAGUGUGUGUGCGUGUGUGCUUCAUCUUGGCCACGGUCAGGUCUUGGGCCCAACGAUCGCGGAGACGGUGGUGGUGGAGUGGAGGAGGCUCGCCGGAGUUUUUGUGGUUGUCGACAUUUAGUGAUGGAUCAGGAUCUAUGAAACAUGCAAUAACAUAG